AUGACCAAAACAGCCCAUUAUAAUGACUGGCCUAAUACCCAAGGGUUUGACGUUCGCUACCAAGAAUUGGAACCGACUGAGUUAGAAGUCGUUGGUACCAUUCCUGCGUAUUGCGCAGGCGUGCUAUUUCGCAACGGCUUGGGCCCACGCGAAGUCGAAACCGACAAGAAAACCACCUACAAACUCAAUCACUGGUUUGACUGUUUCUCGCAAGUACACCGAUUCCAGAUCCAUGCACCUACGACCGAACAUUCUAAUGUCCGAGUCACGCACAAUUCGCGUUUGACGUGUGACGGCGUCGUUCAAAGGAUCAAGAAAUCCGGCUACAGAGGCGAAAUCACAUUCGGCGCCAAAUAUGAUCCAUGCAUGUCGGUUUUUCAAAAAGUGCAAUCAUUCUUUAAUCCCAGUCCGAAAGAUUCCGCCGAUGGAGUCGAUGUCUGCGUGUCUUUGUCAGUUAAUUUCCCGGGUCUUUCGCCCACGGGUAGCAAACGCGAGAAACCGUUCGAAAAGUCUGGCUUGCAAACUCUGUGCAACAAAACAGACAAUUCUGUACUCCAGAUGCUCGAUCCGACAACUUUAGAGCCGAUUGGUAUCGCUGAACAGACUGCCUUGCACCCGUCUCUGAAAGGUCAAUUAAGUGCAGCACAUGCGAAAACCGAUCCAGUCACCGGAGAGGUUUUCAACUAUAAUCUAGAACUAGGCACAAACGUAUAUCGCGUUUUCACGGUGUCGCCUUCAACGGGUAAAACACACAUUCUUGCGACCUUCAAGCACCCUCCCGCGUACAUUCAUUCAUUCUUUAUAAGCGAGAACUACGUUAUCCUAUGCGUAUGGUCUUCACAUUUUCGAAAGGGCGGCCUGCCGAUGCUACUAAACCACAAUUUCGUUGAUACACUGGCCGACUACAAGACCUCGUCCGGGGCAACUUGGUUUGUCAUCGAUCGCAAACCAGGUGGAUCUGGAAUAGUCGCCACUUACGAAUCAGAUUCAUUCUUCAGCUUCCACAGCAUCAACGCUUAUGAGGAGCCAUCGCCCACCGAUCCGUCAAAGACUGAUGUUGUGGCAGAUCUCUUGGCCUAUGAUAGUCUUGACGUCUUGAAACGGUUCUAUGUUGACAACCUUCUUUCGGAUUCUCCAACAGCAAAGUCCCUUACGGAGUCGUCUAAUUUCGACACCUACGCAGGCUUCCGACGUUUCCGUCUGGCGCAUUUGCCAAAAACACCAAAUUCAAGACCUCUAAAGGCAACAGUUGACAUUUCGAUGGAUAAAAAGCUUUGGCCUGAGUUGCCAUCUAUUAAUCCUCGUUUCAAAUUACGCAAGCACCGAUUCGUCUAUGGAGUGAGGAGUGCUGGGAAAAGCACCUUUAUUGAUGGGCUCGUCAAGAUUGAUGUCGACACGAAAAGUACGGUGUCUUGGAGCGAGCAUGGCCAGACGCCUGGUGAGCCGAUUUUCGUACCAGAUCCUAGUUCCGAUGAUGAAGAUGCGGGAUCAUUGCUGAGUGUCGUUUUGGAUGGUAUUGCUGGGAAGAGUUACCUCUUAGUCCUUGACGCAAAGACGAUGACUGAAGUUGGACGGGCGAAAGUCGACAGUGUUGUUGGAUUUGGGUUUCAUGGAACGCAUGUCGCUGAAGCAAAUCUCUAA